AGAUAAUUGGUAGAGCCAGAAACAAUUCCAAAUUGGUAUCCUCAAAUUCCAAUUGAAAAGGCCAAGAUGACUGGUUCAGGAUCUCCUUGUGGAGCCUGCAAAUUCUUGAGAAGAAAAUGUGUGAGAGGUUGUGUUUUUGCACCUUACUUUUGCCAUGAGCAAGGUGCUACCCAUUUUGCAGCCAUUCAUAAGGUCUUUGGUGCAAGCAAUGUCUCAAAGCUUCUUGCUCACCUUCCUGUGAGUGACCGUUGUGAAGCUGCAGUCACAAUCUCAUAUGAAGCUCAAGCCAGACUUCAGGAUCCAAUUUAUGGCUGUGUCUCCCAUAUUUUUGCACUCCAACAACAGGUGGUCAAUUUACAAGCACAGCUAGCUUAUCUCAAGGAACAAGCUGCUCAGAGUUGUCUCGAUGGCUCUAUCAAUGAAAACCCUAGUGAAAAAUUAUUUGAAAAAUCUUCUUCUGCUUUACCUCAAGAUCUUCAAAGUUGGUUUAAUCAGGUGGGAAAUUCCAACCUGGGGCCAGAAUUUCUUCCUAACAUGUGUACUAAUUUAUCAACACAACAUUAUGGGAACAAUGCCCUCAUGGAAGAUCUAAACCCUAUUGGAAUUAAUUAUGAAACUUCAGGAGCCAUGGAAGGAAACAACUCCUCUAGCUUCGAUGAUAGUUCUAAUAACUACUCCAUGUCCUAUGACAUGCAAACAAACAGGAGGACAUGGGGUUUUCAUGAAGUGGAGGAUCUACAUUCAGUGGCUUUUGGAUACGGAACUCGAUCACAUUCAUGAAAAGAAUUGAUGAAGACAAGCUUAUUAUCAAUUUUGAAUUGCUGCUGCAUAUUGUGAAGCAUGCACUAUAUAUACUCUGUUGCCCUAAAUAAGCUAGCUAGGAAAGCAUAGGAAUGUUGACAUUAUAAUUGGAAUGGAAUUAGCCCACCCUCUUCUAUUGUCUUUAAUCGAGUUUAAUCCUGUUAAGUCUCAGCAGGUUUUGUAUGAGAUUAUGAGAGCUCAUUAAAUGGGUUUGUUCCUAGCACAUAUCCUAAAUUUUGACUUAUUAAUAAAUCCUGUCCCUAGAUACCUUAAUGAUAUUUAAUUACCAUUUCUUAAAUACAACACUUUGGUGUGAGGAAUAUUAUAUAUUUAGAACAUUACUUUUUAAGUGUGUGUUUGUAUUUUUUUCCUCCACGUAUAUCCUUUUUUCAGA